CACACACGCACACACACACACACACACAGACACAGACACGCGCGCCAAUGCACAGCAACUUUUAACACACUUUAAACAUUGUAAAAGUUCACAUCCAAGAUGUCUGUGUGUUUUAUUUCACGCUACAGUACACGGUGUAGCCUAAAUUUAAUAAGCCUAACAGUGUAUUUAACGGUCUAGCGCGUGCCCGUAUGUAUGCGCGUGCGCGCGAGGUGUUUGACAGACGCGCUGAGACCACGCGCGCGCUUGAUGUUUCUGCCUGGUGCUGAAAAGUGAAGAAAUGCUGCAGAUGUUUUCUGACGUGAUGAUGAUGAUGAUCAUUAAAUCAUCGAUGACAUCUUCAUGACACUUCAAGACUUCCCGGCUGAGCAAGAUUUAUGGAGACCACAUUGAGAUCUUGUCUUGAUUUUUCUAUUCCUUGAGGAGCAUCUUUUCCAGAGCUCGCUGUCUUCCGAUGUUGCUUUUUCAUAUCUUGCAUUCAUGUGUCACCGUACUCCAGCUGUCAAUCAUCCCUUGACCCUGCCCACCCCUCUCACAUUUAGUUUACUCCUUUCACUCCAGGUGUUAUGAGUGGAGUCUCGUUUUUAGCCAAUGAGACACUGAGCUUUCAGGAAGAGGAAGUGGAUCUUCUUUCUAUCCCCCCUUCUUCCUCACAACCAGAGGAUGUCCUCAGUUAUGCUCCGCCCCCGGCCCCUCCCCUCCCUCCUCCCCUGCCGCUGGGAAACCCUGUGCAGAGGAAGAGGAGGGUCAGGAGCUUCUACUGGAAACCCAUUCCAGAGGAGCGCGUCAAACGGCAGGACAGACCCAACCUGUGGACCCUCGGCCGACACAGCAGAGAAACAUCCUUCCACAUCGACAUCAGAGCCAUCGAAGAGCUCUUUGGACAACGUGAUGACACGCGGUCCCCCGCCGCGGCCGACAGGAGGAUGUUGCGAGGACGAGGUUCUGUGAAAGAUCUCAGAGAGCAGAUCACCAUCCUGGAUUCCAAGAGAAGCAUGAAUAUCUCUAUUUUCCUCAAGCACCUUAAAAAGUCCGGUGAUGGUCUGUUGGAGGAUGUUCUUCAUGGGAACAGUGAGUCAUGUGAUGUGGAGUCUCUCAGAGGUCUGCUGAAGCUUCUGCCGGAGGAGGAGGAGGUGAAGAAGCUUCAGAUGUUCAGUGGAGACACUAAAGACCUCUCACCUGCUGAUGCCUUCAUGUACACACUCAUCCAUCUACCCAGGUAUGGUGUGCGUGUUGAAGCUCUGCUGUUGAAGGGAGAGUUUUUCUCCUUGUGUUCAGCUGUGAAGCAGGACAUCACCGUGGUCCGGACUGCCAUCACAGAGCUGUUGAACUGUGAGGAGUUACACAACAUCCUUCAUUUAGUGCUACAAGCUGGAAACAUCAUGAAUGAUGGUAGUUUUGCUGGUAAUGCUGUUGGUUUUAAACUGUCUUCUCUGCUCUCACUGGCUGAUACUAAAGCCAAUAAACCUGGAAUGAAUCUGCUGCACUUUGUAGCUCUGGAAGCUCAGAAGAAAAAUCUGCUUAUUUCUCCUGAGAAACUUCAACAUGUUCAGCAAGCGGCUCGAGUGUGUGUCGACAGUAUUCAUGUGGAGUUGAGUUCUCUGAGUGAGAGAGUUCAUCAGCUGCAGAUCAACAUUCAGAAUGAUGAUGAUCUACUGACACAACUUCACUUGUUUCUCAAGAGUGCAGAUGAAGCUCUGGUGGAUUUAAGGGUCUGUAGUGAUGUGAUGGUGAUUGAAGGCAACGCUCUGAUCGAUUUCUUCUGUGAAGACAAAGAAACAUUCAAACUGGACGAGUGUUUCCACAUUUUCCAGAAUUUCUGCUCUAAGUUUAAAAAGGCCAUUCAGGAGAACGCUGAGCGAGGAGCCCGGGAGGAGUCACGCAGCAAACGUCUCACGGAGUUGGAGGACAAGCGUCACUCGUGGGCGGGGCCUGAGGGUGUGGGAGGCGUCUUUGGGUUGAGGUCGAGCAGUGAGACCGAUGUUGAGGCAGCUUUAAGGAGCGAGGGGCUUCUGGACCUCCUCAGGACACACCCACGAAGUCCUCUCAGUCCACCACUGAGGUUCGGGAGUGUCCGUCGCUCACGGCAACAGAGAGUCAAUAGUGAUAUAACAGAGCGCCGCCAUGUGACCUCUGACCCCUCUGGAGCAGAUACACACGCACUUCCUCCGAUACACUCGCUCUCUAUCAUGAACACACACAGUGACACAAAUACCACUCAUGUCCAUGGAAACCACACUCAGGAAGGUUCCACCAAAACCAAGUCUGACCACGACAGCAUCACAACACACGCGUGUCCAGAGAAACCAAAGACCCACACUUUACAAGAAACGCAAAAACACAACAUUCAAACACACACACAGCUGUACACAAGUGAUGAGAUGACCUUCGACCCCUCACAGGGAAACUCAGGAGAAUGUGAACGUCACGACCAAUCAGAGAGCUCGACUAGAGGCGACGAUAAUGAUGUAAAGCUCACCGCUCAACAAACAAACAAGCGGUCACUUCAAUCCAGUGACGGACACACAAGACCGAUACAAACAAGCAGCAAAAAGCCCAUCCCAAAAACCUCUGAGCCAAAACACAGACCGUCUGUGUCUGCCAAGCCAUCAUCAGCAUCCCCUAAAACAUCCUUGUCCCUCUCAAAGUCUCCUCAACAGCGGCCCGUCCGCACCCUGACCUCCUCUGAGACGCAGAGCUUGAGGAAAGUUGUUCCCAUCAGUCGGUCCGUCUCCUCCGGUCAGCGGAAAUCUCCUGUUCGAGGUGCCAAGAAAAAACCUGUGACUCGACCGCCCCCCGAAGAGAAAAUGUGUCGUGCGACGCUGAGAGCCCUGGGUGCUUCCGCCCCUCAAACCUCCACCCACACUUCACAGCACCGGCACACCCCCGGCUUCGCUCGCAACACCGUGGCGUCCACCACACGACAUGCCGUCACUCCACACCAGUCCUCUUCAUCUGACCCCAAACAUCCUCCUCUGACCCGCACGGCAUCACUCAGACUCUCACGUGUUCUCAGUCCACAGCGGAGUCCAACCGUCACGCUCAGUAAAACACAAAGUGUUCAUCUGACGCCCCCCACAGGACAUCCCAGAAUGAGCCGUGGUGGUGUCUCUCACCAAUCACAGAGUAAAUCUAGCAAACCAGUCUGGAGGUAGAGAGAUCAAUCACAUUCAAUCACAGUAUUUGAUGUCAUUUUUAUGAUUGAAGAACUUCUAUUUUUAUAUGUUUAUAAUGUAGCAUGAUUGUACAAUUAAUCUUAAAUACGUUAAAAAAUUAUUUAACAGACAGGAACAUUUUGGCUGAUCAUUAGGUGACAAUCAAUGAGAAAAUAAAACUUGCCACUGUAUACAUUUAACGUUUUAUUUUUAUAUAAAUGAUUUUUUGUUAUGAAACUGAUCAGCAAUUAAUCAUCUUCAGAAGUGAUAGAUCUCUCAUGGAGGAAAAAAGUUUUAUUUCAUUUCUCAUGAAAAAAAAUUAAAAUCGUGUUUCGUUUAAGUCUCGACUUAGUCUCAGAUGUUUCGCUCAGGAGACAAAAAGAGAAUUCAUGAAUUGUAAUUAUUGAGACACAUGAAGAGUCUGGAGGUGUAAAAUCAUCUGGAUUAGAGUGAAUGUGAUGAGAAAUGUUUCAGUUGAUAUUGAGAACUUCAGUAAUAUUGGCUUUUGAUUGCAGAUGAGACAAAUCUGAGC